GCGUUAUUCUUUUUCUUCCCUUCCCCUCCACUCCAGGCCAGGGUUUUCCUUUCGCCUCCUUUUCUUCUCCUUUUAUCGUCAGGGUUUUAGCUUGAAAGAAGAAAAAAAAUGGAGUCCAUUGCUAAACAACCCCUUAAUCUCUCUCUCAAUCCCCACCGUCCAUCAUUUCCAAACCCCAUCGUUUCCCUCACCUUCAAAACCCCACCUCCCUCGUCAUCACCCUUCAAACUCUCCACCUCUAUCAGAGCCUCAUCCUCCUCCCGCAUCACCCCACUCAAUCAAUCCCUCACCACCAUCAUCAAAACGACUUCCAUCACUCUCACCGCCGCUGCCGUAUUAUUCUUCACGCGCUUCAACUCCAAACCCGCAAUCGCCUCUCCGGUCGCCGCGUCGUCAUCCACUGCAGACCCCACAAAAGAAUCGUCCAAAGAAAAUGUUUCGUUUGAAGAACAAGAAAGAGCUCUUCAAGAUCAUCUGGCUCAAAACCCCAGUGAUGUCGAAGCUUUACGGUCUCUCAUGGAGGUGAGGAUCAAAUCAAAGAAACUUCAAGAGGCAAUUGAAGUUGUUGACCGAUUAAUCGAGCUGGAACCAAAUGAAGAUGAAUGGCCAUUGUUGAAAUCGCAAAUUUAUACUUACAGUGGAGAUUUUGAGUCUGCUAAAGAUGGGUUUGAAGCAGUUUUGCAAAAAGACCCACUUCGGGUCGAGGCUUAUCAUGGCCUUGUAAUGGCGAAUUCGGAAUCCGGUGGUUCGUUGGAAGUUGUGUUGAAAAGAAUUGAGAGUGCAAUGAAUAAAUGUAAGAAAGAAAAGAAGAACUCGGAUUUGAGGGAUUUUAAGUUAUUGAUUGCGCAAGUUAGAGUAAUGGAGGAGAAGUAUUUUGAUGCGUUGAAGGUUUAUGAGGAGUUGGUGAAAGAGGAACCGAGGGAUUUUAGGCCGUAUUUGUGUCAAGGGAUGAUUUAUACUUUAUUGAGGAAGAAAGAUGAAGCAGAAAAGAAGUUUGAGCAGUUUAAAAAGCUUGUUCCGAAGAAUCAUCCUUAUAGGGAGUAUUUGGUUGAAAAUAUGUUUGCUACUAACUUCUUUUCGGAGAAGGUAGAGAGAUAGAGGAGUUGAGGGGUGUGGCUGAAUGCAUUGAGGUUAAGGGUAAUAACAAGAGAGGCUGUGGAAUAUGAAAUGAAGUUUUGAUUUUCUCACGUGAUUUAUCUCCCGGUCCAUGUAGGGAAUAUUUGAUCAAUAACAUGCUUGCAACUAGGUUCUUUUCGUAGAAAGUAGAGGCAAGAAAUUCAGUCCUGAAGUUUAGAGUCAUCGUUGAAUGAAUUGAGGCUAAGGGUCGCAACAAUGUUGUCAUUCUUUUUGUCUUCUAUUUUGGGUUUUCGUGGUUUGGUUCCGGUAAAUCCCUUGGAUAGAAGUUCUAAUGAUCUUGUGAGUGUCAUGGUAGUCGGAGGGAGUUUCAAGGGGUGGCGGUGUCUCUGAGUUUUUCUAGUUCCAUGUGGGAAUGGUACUGGAUAUGUCUACAUGACAUUGGACCUGCCAACAACAAGAAAAUGAAAACAUUGUAUAUCACUCUGCAAAUGUAGGAUAUGCUUUAUUGAAAAUCCACACUGCCUAGCAUUGACCCUAAAUAUUGAGCAGUCGUCUAACAUGGUUUAAGAAUUGUUUGUCUCGGCUGCAGUGGGAUUGAGGAUUGUUAGGCGCUCGAUCAACUUGCUAUUAACUAGGGAUGUUGAAUGAAACUGGAAAAUGUGAUUCAUUUUGACCAACUCUCAAUUAUCUUGCAUUAUGUAUGUUAGAAUUU